AUGCCAGCGUGCUGCCGUGCUGCUCUGGGCGUGCCAGCGUGCUACCGUGCUGCCCUGGGCGUGCCAGCGUGCUACCGUGCUGCUCUGGGCGUGCCAGCGUGCUACCGUGCUGCCCUGGGCGUGCCAGCGUGCUACCGUGCUGCCCUGGGCGUGCCAGCGUGCUACCGUGCUGCCCUGGGCGUGCCAGCGUGCUACCGUGCUGCUGCCGUGCUGCCCUGGGCGUGCCAGCGUGCUGCCGUGCUGCCCUGGGCGUGCCAGCGUGCUACCGUGCUGCUGCCGUGCUGCCCUGGGCGUGCCAGCGUGCUGCCGUGCUGCCCUGGGCGUGCCAGCGUGCUACCGUGCUGCUGCCGUGCUGCCCUGGGCGUGCCAGCGUGCUACCGUGCUGCCCUGGGCGUGCCAGCGUGCUGCUGCUGCGCGCGCGGAGGCUGGCAGCGUGCUGCCGUGCUGCUCUGGGCGUGCCAGCGUGCUGCUGUGCUGCUGCCGUGCUGCCCUGGGCGUGCCAGCGUGCUACCGUGCUGCCCUGGGCGUGCCAGCGUGCUACCGUGCUGCCCUGGGCGUGCCAGCGUGCUGCCGUGCUGCCGCCGUGCUGCUCUGGGCGCUCCAGCGUGCUGCCGUGCUGCUCUGGGCGUGCCAGCGUGCUGCUGUGCUGCUGCUGCGCGCGCGGAGGCUGGCAGCGCUGCAGCGCUGCGGCCGCGUACGGGCCGCGUACGGGCCGAGGACCACAAUAUAUAG